AUGGCCUCCCCCCUGCUCUCCUUGGCUCAGGCUUCUUUGGCUGAUUUCGCUCUGGAGAAGGUCCUCGGCGAUGCUUCUCAGAUCUUUGGUCCCUACAUUAAGAACGCUACCCGCAAGACUGAGUGGAUGAAACACUACAAUGAUGAUACCUUAUUAGUCCAUAUGAACAUACCAGGAACUCAUGACAGCGCGACGUGGAACUACACGCAGGCGACCCAGGAUGCAUUGCUCGGAGUUACAAGUCUCAACGGUGUGACCGUCCCAGCGCCUGAAACAUUUCGCUGUCAACAGCGAUCGCUCAUUGACGGGCUCAACAAUGGGAUCCGGGUCUUUGAUCUGCGCUACGCAUUCGACCCGACCAACAGCACUCUGGUAUUUUACCAUUCCCAGGCACUGCUCUCCCAGAUUGCCGAUCUUCAAAGCGUCUUGUUCGGAUUCUACCAAUGGCUUGAUGACCAUCCGUCCGAAGCUGUUUUCUUGUCUCUUCAGUAUGAAGGCUCGACUGCAAAGUAUGCAGCCAACGACGCAGAAUUGCAGAUGCGUCUCUCCGACACUCUCACCAAUUCAGCUGCCCGUCGGUAUCGGUACUUCGUUCAAAGAAAAGGGCAGCUCGGGACCCUUGGUGAAGCGCGUGGGAAACUGACUCUUUUUCGCCGCUUCGAUCUUGAUCAGCUGCCCGCUUCCUACACCGAAGCACUGCCGGGCCUGCACUUUUCGCCCAGUCUAUGGACAGAUAAUAGCCCCGAUAUCACCUUGACUUAUGACACGGCGAAGAACCUGACUGCGCAUAUCGAAGACUAUUACCAGCCACUGACCCCGUCUGACGCGUCCGCUACGGAAGCUAUCACGUGGAAGUACAAUGCGACCACGAAGAAUCUGCUGUUGGCUGCUAGCCAGUACCCCGAUGAUCUUUUCUGGACAUGGGCUUCGAGCGAAGACACCGAGAAUUCUCCUCCGAUCUGGCCGCAGAUAAUGGCCGUCGGGAAUGGCUCCUCUACCCCCAAGGGUGGGGUGAACCAGCAACUCCUCACGUUUUUCAAGGAAAAUCCGCACAAGCGCAUGGGGAUUGUGAUGUUUGACUAUUCUGAUCAGCCAAGCGAUCUUAUUGAUACUUUUCUCAGUAUUUGA